AUGGCUCCAAAGGCGUCAGGAGGAGUAGGAAGCGGCACGAAGAAGAAAGCGGGCUCAGACACGAACUCCGAGAAGAAGACGAGCUCGAAGCCGAAGCUGCCAGCUUUGUAUAUCACUAGACCGGUGGGGAAUGAUAUAACCAAGCGCAGUACAGUGGCCGUGCUAAGCCCAGAAGUUUUACAAGCAUCUGAGUUCCGUGUGGGUGAAAUCUGUUUAGUAGCUAAAGAAGGCCAGCGCGGCGUGGCUGCUAUAAUCCAGAGCGGAAGCGAAGACCAACCAGCUGCUGUGGUGCAAUUGGCCGCACCGCUGCGGGCGGUGGGCGGCGUACUGCUGGGAGAUCGGGUAACCGUGCGCAAGCUACCAGUGCAGCCUUCGUAUGCUACCAAUGUCACGGUAGCAAGUCUUGAGGGCCACGUGUUAGGCAGCGGAACCAAGGCUAUUGAGAAGCUACUGAAUGAUGCCGGUAUAAUCAUGCCCGGCCAGAUAUUUAAGGACGUGCUUUUGGAUGAAAGUAGCGGGCUGCGUGGAAACAUAGUUGUGACCGAUAUCAACAGCAACGCUGACUUGGCUGAUGAGGUCGCUAAGCUGGCAGUCACGGAUAGCGCCGACGUAGACGUCUGUCUCUCUCCCCCAGGGCUAUUUCUCAAGGGUAAGACAACUGUGUUCUACUCGCAAUCCCACCAGGUACACCAGCGGUUUCGGUUGCCACAGCGAAUCAAUUACCAGUCGGUCGGCGGUCUCUCAAAGGAGAUUCAGCAGCUCAAGGAGACAAUUGAAGCACCUUUGUGCGACGGUGAAUUUUAUCAUGAAUGCGGUGUUGAACCCCCAAGAGGCAUACUGCUCCAUGGCCCACCAGGGACUGGUAAGACAAUGCUGUUGCGGUGUGUCGCUAAUGAAAACGACGCCCAUGUGCAGAUUAUCAACGGCCCUUCACUAACCUCCAAGUUUUUGGGUGAGACGGAGGAGAGGUUGCGUGCGAUAUUUGACGAAGCGCGCCAGUUCCAACCGUCGAUUAUAUUGAUAGAUGAGAUAGAUUCCAUUGCACCUAGUCGGGAUAGUGAUGACGCUGGUGAAGCAGAAAGCAGAGUGGUAGCCACUUUACUCACUCUCAUGGAUGGUGUGGACAGUAGCGGCAGCAUUGUGGUGGUGGCAACAACCAAUAGGCCUAAUAAGAUUGAUCCGGCGCUGAGAAGACCUGGCCGUUUUAAUGUGGAAGUAGAAAUUGGCGUGCCAGAUGCAGCAGCCCGCUUGGAGAUACUCAUGAAGCAGGUAAGCCGCAUGGCUGAGAGUCGGCGUGGGUUCACCGACCAAGAUAUUGCCGAGAUUGCAGCAAAAACGCAUGGCUAUGUUGGAACCGACCUGAGUGGACUAUGCGCGCUUGCUGUUGGCAAAAGUAAGCAUAGAGCUGUGAAGCAGGAAAUCCCGUUGUCGCAGGUGAAGAUCAGUCUGUGCGAUUUUGAAGCUGCGCUGCUGGAGGUCAAGCCAAGCGCCAUGCGUGAGAUAUUCCUAGAAACUCCAAAGGUCUAUUGGUCGGACAUUGCGGGCCAGGACCAACUGAAGCGCGAGAUGGAAGAGGUAAUCGAACUCCCACUGAAGGGAGCAGAAAAACUGAAAAGACUUCGCAUCACGCCGCCAAAAGGUAUUCUGCUCUAUGGCCCCCCUGGCUGCUCCAAGACCCUUACAGCCAAGGCUCUCGCAACGGAAUCUGGCUUCAACUUCUUCGCCAUAAAGGGCCCCGAAGUCCUGAACAAGUACGUCGGCGAAACAGAGCGCACCGUGCGCGAGCUCUUCCGCAAAGCCAAGGUGGCAGCCCCCAGCAUCAUUUUCAUUGACGAAAUAGACGAGCUUGCGAAGACCAGGGAUGAGGACGCGGGCUCUUCAGCCGCGGCAAACGUCCUCAUCACAUUGCUGAACGAGAUAGAUGGUGUUGAGGAGCUCAAUGGCGUCGUGGUGGUCGCAGCCACCAACAAGCCCCACAUCAUCGACUCAGCUCUCAUCCGCUCGGGGCGCCUGGACAAGCACAUCUACGUCGCGCCGCCCGACUUUGAGGCCCGCCUGCAGAUCCUACGUAAUAACACUCGCACCUUCGGCCUCGAUGAUCCAGAUGCCAUAUUAAAGAGACUAGCCGAACAGACAGCGCACUGUUCUGGUGCUGCAGUCGCCCAACUAUGCAGAGACGCUGCAAUUGCGGCGACCCGAGAGGAUUAUGAGGGCGGCAAUGUCGAGGAACGUCAUUUCCUGGAGGCACUGCCAAGGCUAACCAGGGACGUGACUCCAGACGUUCUGCUGCCCUACCAGACUUUCGCUGAAAAGCGUGGCAUAUAG